GCUCUUGUUCAUUGUGGUGAUUCUUUCUGUCAUCACUCAUGGCUGCUUCUAUUCUUCGGCUUUGCAAGCUGUGCUAUGCUCAGCCUGUGAGUUUUUCGGCAUUCUGCUUUCAGUCCUCUGAAACCAACAACCAGGAUGAGGCUGGUGCUGAAACCCCGAAGUUGGAUUAUGAAGUGAAAGAGAAGCAGAGGAUCAAGAACAAGAACAAGAGGCAACCAAAGGAGAGGAGGUGCAUACAUUACUGUUGUUGGAUGAUUGGGUUCACUUGUACAAGUUGGUGGCUUCUGUUGUUUUUGUACAACAUCUUGCCGCCUGCAUUUACUGGUUUUCAAGUGCCUGAGUCGCCUGGAACCAGACUAAGGCGCGAAGGUGUAAGUCCGCUUCACCCGGUUGUUAUGGUCCCUGGCAUUGUAACCGGUGGCCUAGAGCUCUGGGAGGGCAGGCCUUGUGCUGAAGGCCUUUUCAGGAAGCGACUUUGGGGUGGUAGUUUCUCAGAGAUCUUCAAAAGGCCUAUGUGUGUGUUGGAGCAUCUAUCACUGGAUAAUGAAACAGGGCUGGACCCUCCAGGAAUUCGAGUCAGAGCAGUUAGCGGACUUGCUGCAGCUGACUAUUUUGCUCCUGGCUACUUUGUUUGGGCUGUCCUUAUUAAGAAUUUGGCGAAAAUUGGUUAUGAAGGGAAGAACAUACAUAUGGCUGCCUAUGAUUGGAGGCUUUCUUUCCAGAACACUGAGAUUCGAGACCAAGCACUUAGUAGAUUGAAGAGUAAAAUUGAGCUUAUGUAUGCAAUCAAUGGCAAUAAGAAAGUGAUUGUGGUGCCUCAUUCUAUGGGGAGUAUUUAUUUUCUCCACUUCAUGAAAUGGGUUGAGACACCUCCUCCUAUGGGAGGUGGUGGUGGUCCAAGUUGGUGUGCCACACACAUCAAAGCAAUCGUGAAUAUCGGUCCAGCAUUUCUUGGUGUUCCAAAAGCAGUUAGUAGUAUAUUUUCUGCUGAGGGUAAAGAUGUUGCUUACAUCAGAGCUAUGGCUCCUGUUGUUUUAGAAUCUGAAAUUCUUGGGCUUCAAACCUUUGAACAUGUCAUGCGGGUAUCUCGAAGCUGGGAUUCCUUGAUUUCCUUGCUGCCAAAAGGCGGAGAAACCAUUUGGGGCAACUUGGAUUGGUCUCCUGAAGAUGGGCAUAGCUGUGACUUGACAAAGAAGAAAUAUCUGCAUUCCACUGCUGGUGACACCAAUUACAACAACAGCAAUGGAAAUAUAAUUUUCCAAGUAAAAGAACCUAUGAAGUAUGGAAGAAUAAUCUCAUUUGGCAAGGAAUCAUCAGAAUUACCCUCUUCAGAUCUUCCUGGUCAUGAUAUAAAGGAACUUCUGCACAGGGAUUUUCCUACCAAUUUCAACUCAUCAUGUGGAGAGGUGUGGACUGAAUAUGAUGAGGUGAGCAGGGAAAGCAUAAGAAAAAUUGCAGAAAAUAAGGCUUACACAGUUCAAACCCUUUAUGAUCUGCUACGGUUUGUGGCUCCAAAAAUGAUGCGACGGGCUGAGGCUCACUUCUCUCAUGGGAUAGCUGAUAAUCUUGAUAAUCCUAAAUAUGACCAUUACAAGUACUGGUCCAAUCCACUCGAGACCAAGUUACCUGUUGCUCCAGAUUUGGAAAUAUACUGUUUAUAUGGUGUUGGACUCCCAACUGAAAGAUCAUACAUAUACAAGACGUCUCCUGACAAGUGCAAGAGCAUCCCAUUCCGUAUUGAUAGCUCAGCAGAUGGAGAGACGGGAAGUUGUCUUAAAAAUGGAGCACAUUUUGUUGACGGUGAUGAUACUGUGCCUGUAGUGAGUGCUGGAUACAUGUGUGCCAAAGGGUGGAGAGGAAAAACCAGGUUCAACCCUUCCGGUAUUGCUACCUAUGUAAGGGAAUACAGGCACAAGCGACCUGGUAGUUUGCUUGAGGGAAGGGGUACAGAGAGUGGUGCACAUGUUGACAUCAUGGGAAAUGUGGCAUUAAUCGAAGAUGUCCUACGCAUUGCUGCCGGAGCCACUGGUGCACAGAUUGGAGGUGAUAGGAUCUACUCAGAUAUUAUGAGAAUGUCUGAGAGAAUAAGUCUUCAGCUGAUUGGAUGAAUGACCCCAGUAAUAAGAGAGUAGCACUGACAAGAGAGGAAUUUCUGCUUUGAGGUUUUCCUGAACAACUAUCAUUAGUCUGAUUAGUAUUUUAGAGUAAGGCUAUGCUUUGAUGUUUGAAGAAUCAGAAAGAACUGCUCUUGGUAAGCAACUAGGGAAUGUAGGGUACAUGUUCAGUUUUGAGUUGAUCCUCUUAAUGUUGAUUAGAAGCUACAGUUCAGCUACAGUUGUUUUUUUGGCUAAUUCCUAACCCUAUUC